CGACCACACCUCCUCCGCGAAUGGACAGCCACAGCCCCUCCGCAGCUCCAGCGGAAAUAAGAAAAACAAAUUUUCGCAAAAAAAAGAUGGUGGUGGUUCCAAAGACGACGACGAUGAUCCGCACAGAGGGUAUUGCAGCGUCCACCGGAAAAUGCGGUGGCACCGGCAUUUGGAGUAUGCAUUGCAAAAGUAACGUACUAGUAUAAAUUGCAUUACAAAUUAUUUUGGCAAGAAGAAAAAUGGAAUUUGUAAUGCUGUUGUACCUUAGGAGGAAGAUUCGUCAUGCGUAUUUGCAUUUAGUACGAGUGCGAUACUUUUGCACAGCAUAUGGAGCGGGAUGGGAGAGGAGGGUAUCGGUGCCGCCUAUCAAAUGCACAAAUGUCUGGGUCUGGAAGGUCGGAACUUAUGAUGCUAACUUUGGACUCCAAAAAAAUCUGUAUUGCAAGACCAGCAAGAGGGGUCUAGUUUGUGCUACACGGUGAGGGCGUUUGUCAUGCGGAGUAGGCAUCAGGAACCCCUCUAAAAAUCUGCGAUGCUAAGCCGUGCAUUACAGACAUCCUGGGUCAUGCGAAAUCUGCAUGACAAACCCGGCAAGAACAUUCCAGACCCAGAUAUUUUUGCAUUUGAUAUCGCCGUGGCGUGGCCAACUACUGCCGGGACAGCAAUGACGUUUCUCUCGAAGGCCGGGACGAUGAGUACUUACGGCGGUGGGAACUACAACAAAUUUACACAGAGUGUACUAGUACACACAGAACAAUAAAUAGUACAACGAUGUGCAACAUGGGAACAGUACUACCGCCACCGCAGCCGUUUCUUCAACAAGCACUUCCCGCGACGCUCGGUGGGCCGCCGGCGCAAAUGUACCAAUUACCUCAACAACAUCCACAGGGCGCGGCUCCGGUGUUUCAUCCGACUAAUCCCAUGAUGCCAGUCGGAGUUGUUCCACCAGCAUCUGGAACUACCUCAGUUGUGCCGCAGUCUACUACAACUGCGCAUAAUUACACCAGCAUGCCAGGAGGAGUCUCGACUGCGACUCCCAUGGGGCCGCCCGUUUCGGCGAUGUAUAAUAGCCUGUCAGUGCCACAGGCACAGCAUUUUCCAUCCGGAUUUUUUGGUGCAUCAUCUUCGCAGCCGAUGAUGGCUCCUGGAGCGGGUUCUGUUGGAGUGAUGCCCAUGCAGAUGCCGGCAGCCGGCGCAACGGGAACUGCAAUGAUGCUCCCUCAAGCACAAGCUUCUGCUACUGUGCAACAGCCUGGUGGCACCAGCUUCAUGACGGCCGAACAGAUGCACACGCAGCAACAGCAACCUGGUGCUUUCGUCGAUCAUACAGCAUCUUCGGGUUUCUCUAGUGCCAACGAUCAGGCGACAAGCAGGAGCACAACUUCUCAAGAACAUGGAACUACAGGCAGUGCGAAGAUUAUGGCCGGUGAAGGUGAUAUUGAACCAAGGACGAAAAGCAAAAAUCUGAAAAAGAAACUAACCCUCACCGAUGAGAAGCGAGCUUUGCUAGUAGAGGCUGCAAGAAAGGCUGCAAUGGAGCAGACGAAUGGAACAACGACGAAUGGUGCGCCUUCCUCGUCCUCCACUUCUAGUAGGAAAAGUAGGUUCGACAGGCCCCCGCCGGGUGGUGGUUCCUCCAACAGCGCAGCUUCAUCUUCUACUUCGGUUCAUGAUCUUCUCCGGAACAAUUCUGACAUUCUUCGCAAAGCUAGUGAAGAGGAAUUGGAGAAGCGGAAAAGGAACGCUUUGAAAGAGAAAGCAGCGGCAGAUCAUAUCCUGUGCAAAACUAUCGUACACGUAUUGCAAUCAUGCAUUACAAAUUUUUCUCUCAAGGUAAAUACGCAUUACAAAUUUUGUUUCUCAUGCUGAGGGAAUUUGUCAUGCAUUUAUACGAGUAGGAGUGCGAUACUUUUGCAGUUCAUAGAUCAUCUGAUGGAAAUACAUCGAUCUGGCACCAGCACGAAAUCCUCUGUCUUCACGGCCGUAUCACAGGAAAAAGUGUUAACGUUAACGGAAUUUGUGAUGCAGGAGCGCAUCAGAAAAGGUGCGUGAAUUUGUAUUGCAUAGCAAGCCCUCUAGGCAAAAUUUGUCAUGCAUAGCUGCAAUUCAUUUCUAUGAGUUGUCCUUGUCAGCCGUUAACGUUAUACAGCACUUUUUUGUUUGAUAAGCCGACCCCUCCGUGCAGACUAAUUUUCCGAAGGGUAUUUGCACAUUCGACAUCCCCUUCAGCAAUCGUGGGGAAGAACAGCGGAAGUGUCACGUCUGCUCGAAGGUUAUCCUGUGCAAAAGUAUCGUACUCGUUGUACUAAUCGCAGUCAUGCAUUACAAAUCUCCUUGUUAACCUAAAUCCGCAUUACAAGUUCCAUUUUUCAUGCUGUGAGAAUUUGUCAUGCGAUUUCUACUAGUGCGAUACUUUGGCAGUUCAUGAAGAUGAAGGUUUGUUCAUUCGAGAUAACAGAAUUACCGAAAUGCGCGGAGUGCUUCAGACGGGUUUGUGACAAUCCGGCUUGCCAUAUGACAGUGCACAACUCCCCCUCCCCCACAUUUGCAUAGCAGGAGCAGCAAUACAAGCACCGGCAAGAAUGUCGGUUUUGCAUGACAAAUUUGCACUGGAUUGUAGUGCUAUUCGGGCUGCCAGAACUUGUCAUGCAAACAGUGCUAAGAGGCACAGCCUGGAUUGGGUAUUUUGCAUGACAAAUGAGGGGGAGGGAGAGCUGUGCACUGUGAUAUGCCAAGAAAAACAUGUCGCGAAGUGCGGGCUUGCCCGAGCGGAAAAACGAAAGAAGGACGAGGAGCAAGGAGCAGCAGCUGGUGGUGCUUGUUCUGCAGGCUCGGGUAGUUCAUCUGCUGUUUCGUCUUCUACUUCCG